AGUUUAUUAUAUUUAAAUCGUCCAAUCAAAACGGUGUUUACAUAUUGAUAUUUGAUGGAUUGUGAUGAAUACAGAAUCAGAUGAUACCGGUCAGUCAGGUGGGGGAUCUGCGAUCUCCGGUGCCACGCCCACUACGGCACCAUCUGGCACGCCCACCCACGACAGGACGGCGGGGGUUCCCCUUACCGACUUUGUUCAGCAACUGGAGGACUAUGCCCCUACGAUUCCAGAUUCUGUAACAGCGUUUUAUCUGAAUCGCGCAGGUUUUGAAGCCUCAGACCCCAGAGUAACACGACUCAUUUCUAUCGCUGCCCAAAAGUUCAUUUCUGACAUAGCAAACGAUGCCUUACAGCACUGCAAAAUGAAAGGAUCUGUUCAGUCGAAGAAUAAGGGCAAGGACAAGAAACUAACACUAACGAUGGACGAUCUAACCCCGGCGCUUGCGGAAUACGGCAUCAACGUUAAAAAGCCAGCAUAUUUCAUAUGACUGUUCAAGAGCUCUUUGGAAAUUUACGAACAAUUUAUUGUACAUUUAUAUGGAAACUCAUAUUUUUUUUUCUUCAUUUUUAUCAUUUGAUCUCACUAAAAAUAUCUUUACGCGUA